AUGACCAACCCGCACAGCCAUCUUCAAGACAACGUUGUACCUCUCCCGCGUCCUGAGAACGUCGGUAUAAUUGGUCUAGAAGUUUAUUUCCCCAAACGCUGCAUCUCCAUUGACGCGCUGGAGGACUUCGACGGCGUCGCGAAGGGCAAGUACACGAUCGGCCUCGGGCAGCAGUACCUCGCCUUCACGGACGACCGCGAAGAUAUCAACUCCUUCGCUCUUUCCGCAGUGUCCUCCCUUCUCGAGAAGUACAACAUUGAUCCGCGCAGCAUCGGUCGCCUCGACGUCGGGACGGAGACUCUCAUCGACAAGUCCAAGUCUGUCAAGACAACGCUCAUGGACCUUUUCGCUGCCUCGGGCAACCACGACGUCGAAGGAAUCGACAGCAAGAACGCUUGUUAUGGGUCGACGGCUGCUGUUCUGAACGCCGUCAACUGGAUAGAGAGCUCGAGUUGGGACGGAAGAUACGCUAUCGUGUUUGCAGGUGAUAUUGCAAUCUAUGCGGAGGGUCCGGCCAGACCUGUCGGGGGAGCGGGAGCCGUCGCGCUCCUGAUCGGACCAGACGCACCCCUUGUUCUUGAACAUAUGUUUCAGUCUUACAUGGCCAACACCUACGACUUCUACAAGCCUCGCAUGGAAUCCGAAUAUCCCGUGGUCGACGGUCCUUCUUCUGUCACCACCUACAUUACCGCGUUGGACGAGAGCUUCAAGGCGUACCAGCGGAAGGUGCAGGAGGGCUCUUCUCGAGAUGUUCCCCCGCCAUACGCGAACGGGGCCAACGGAAAGGCAUCCGCCACGAAGUCCGUCAAACUCUCCGAUUUCGACUAUUCUGUCUUCCAUAGCCCAUACGGCAAGCUUGUACAAAAAGCUUACGGUCGCCUGACCUACCACGACUUCGUAGCCCACCCUACUGCUCCGGUCUACAGAGAUCUUCCCACCGACAUUCUGAGCAAGGAUGCUUCGGCAACCCUGACGGACAAGUCUGUCGAGAAGACCUUCGCCGCCGCCUCCGCAUCCAUGUACAAGCAAGUGGUCACCCCAUCGCUUCUCAUCUCCAACCGCUGCGGUAACAUGUACACCGGCUCCCUCUACGGAGGUCUUGCCUCCCUCCUGACAAGCAUUCCUUCGUACGAGCUGUUCGACAAGCGUAUCUCGAUGUUCGCGUAUGGUAGUGGUUGUGCGAGCACCUUCUUCGCCAUCAAGGUUCGGGGCGAUACGUCUCAUAUCAAGGCGAAGCUGGAUUUGGAGAGGAGACUUGCGGAGAUGGAUGUUCGCCCGUGCGAGGAUUACGUUGUAGCGCUCAAGCUUCGCGAGGAGACCCACAAUGCUCCUUCGUACAUUCCGAAUGACUCAGAUGCGGGCCUCUGGCCCGGCUCAUACCGCCUUGAAGCCGUGGACGGGAAGUACAGGAGGUCGUAUACCGUCACCCAUUGA